AUGGAAUCCAUUCGGAAGCGUCUGGAGCACGAGUGCGAUCAUGAAUGCCGUGAGCAAGGACGCUGUCCCUUGGACGCAUAUGAUAUGCCUUCCGCCUGCCAAACUUCUGUCUGCCUUGCCUGGGGCUUGCCUGCCCGUGGCGCUUCUUCAGGGAAGCGUUUCUGCAUUGGGAAGCGCUGGGAGUGCGAGAUUGCUUGCGAGAAGAGUGCGACGACUGGCUUGUGGCAGAAUACUCGUGAUGGCCUCGUCCAGAAAAUUACCUCCCGGCUCUGUUCGACGGCCCGGCUGCCAACGUCCUGUUCUCACUCUUGGCGUCGCCUGGCGCGACCUGUCUUCUACAGGAGGGGCCCUGGCAAGAAGGCGGAUGACAGCAGCCUCCCUAAGUGCUUUGCCAUGGAUGCCCUCCUGCCACUUAGCUUCAAACAGUGCCAUCCAGGCUUGGAACAACAGUUUAGCUGCUUCUGCUUGCCAGUCUUCAUGAGGCCGGGCAUUACCAAGCGUCAGCGGCGACGUCGCUACGAAGACGUGUAUUGGACCAAUGUCCAUGUCAAUGCCAUCAAAUCCCGGACUCGGAGAUUGAAGCGCAUGGACAAGGCCGCAGACGCAAUCUUCGAUGAGUACGCAGAACUUGUUGCUCAAGAACGUCUCCAUUGCCUCUUAGAUGCAAAGAAGGUCCUUCAUGUCAGUGCUCCGGUUAGCGUCUAUGUGACGAUGUCAUGGCUCCCUUCAGGUCCGCGUGAGAAGGCGCAGCCAGCGCGUGGCAAGUUGUCUGACUUCAAGCUACCGAAAAAAGCUUCGGUCGAAAUGCCCUUCAAGGACACCUGCCUGGUGGACGCCUUCCGCUCCAUUGGUAUCAAGGUACCUUAUACGGGCCCCGGUCCAUUCUGGGCCGUGUCUGACGGAGCCAAAAUGUUGGAGCCUUUGGGGCAGCUUGGCGGCCAUUGGAGCAUGUUAUGCCACAUCGGCAUUGAUUGUGACGCCAAUAAGUUCGAUACGAGCUCAUUCGAGGCCAUCUUCCAGGUCAUCCCCCUGCGGGCUGACAGAGCGGUUGAUGCGUGCUCGCCCAUCGAUUUCCAGGGCGGAGCCCUAACGCAACCUACUUCGGAUGCAUCUAGCACUAGCACGUUGUUUGAGCAGCCAAAUUUCCUGGACAGUGAGUUUUCCAGUCCCAGAUCCUUGGUUGGCUCCAAGCCUGUCUCAGUGCCAAUCUUCAUGCUUUUCCCAGAUUUCCUGGAAAGUCGCAUUGCUGCCUUUGAAGGGCUGUGUGCUGACUACAUAGCGCUGUUGACAGCCAAGCCGGAAUUGUGGACCCGCAUCCCAUGUCCAUUCCUCCACACGUCUCAGUCAGAAUGGAACAGCUGCCUGUCAUCCACCCGCAGCUUGUUCUGUAGCAAUUUGAUAUCCGAAGUGGGCUCAGUGGAGGAAAGCCGCGUGAGCAAGAGAUUGCGCUUGUAUAUUACGCUGCUGCGCCAGAAUCGGCACCAAAUUGCCAGCGGCGGUGUCAGCUUGAAGGCCAUCCCCAACCCAUGCGACCACAAUGUCAGCAAAAGGCAGUGGGAAAGGGCUUGCAAACACUGGCGGCAAGAUGCGCGGGGCGGAUCUGAGGUGGAAAUUUUGGGGCGGGAGCAGAAUCCAAAUUGUAUCUUGCAGGACAGUGCCCUAAUUCACGCCAUUUUUCAUCGCAACGCGAUUCCAGCUGGAUGCUUGCAGGCCGCAUCUCACAUUGCCGCUAGCCAGACAGACCCAGUAGGCGCAUUGGAGAUGCUCCGGUCAGCCCCUGAUCGAAAGCUGCCAGACCAUGAAGGCCUACGGCCCAUCCAUCAUACCAUGUGCACAGAUUCCAGCCAACAGUUCGGCACGCUCCAGGUUUUGAUCUGGUUCGGUGCAGAUGUUUUGAGCCAGCAUUUCCCCGGUGAUUCUGGAUUUUCCUUGGCCCCGCCUGGGCUAUGCAUAGCUGUCUGCAUGGAUGAGUGCUGGUAUAGGCUGCCCAUGUUUGAGGUGUUGGCGCGGCACACGGAGGAACUAGUGGAUUUGUGUGGGCGUUCUGCUUUGUGGAACACUUGCAAGAUCAUGAGACAGCAAAGCUUCAUGUUCCCAUUGGCCGACGAUGUUGAAGGCGGUAGUGAAAUUGUCUCGUUCCAGAUGGCUUGCACAGGAGUGACGGUUUGUGCCUUGUUCGUAUCAGAUGACGACACCAUCCUGACCUUAAAGCAGCAGGUUGCCUUGCAUCUAGGGCACCUUCCCUUCGCUGUUGUUUUUCUGGUGGACAAUGAAGUUGUUCCAUUUGCGCAGACAUGGGCCAGAGCUGGAUCCCCGCCACUUAUGCACGUGAUUCUUAAACCCAGGACCAACUGUCACAGACUUGCCUUAUCAAAAGCCAUCCAAGCGCAAAACCACAAUACAGUGAUCGACCUCCUCAGUAAUGGCCAAGAGCCAGAUUGCAUGGGCUUGAUCGACCGCACUCGCCGCUUAGAGCCAGUAUUGGUGACUGCAGCUUCAGCCGGCUUCUUCUAUUCUGCAUUUUUGCUCCUCAAUGCAUGGGCAGACCCUAAUAUUGCUGGCAAUGACCGCCGGACUUCCUUGCAUUUUGCCGUUCUCACACAUUCGCCAAUGACUGUGCAGGUUUUGCUGGCUGGAAGGGCUGAUGUGCAUGUGAGGGAUUUGCAUGGCGAAACCGCUUUACAUUUUGCUGCCAUCAGCGAGAACGUGGCUUUCGUGAAACAGCUGAUCAUGGCAGGGGCUGACCCUUUGACUCCCAAUGAGGAAGGAGAUGUCCCGCUACUUUGGGGCCGUGAAGUGGACACUAAGGGUGCCCUUUUGGAAGGCUGUUGGCAUGACAUGUCGUAUACCAUGCUCUUUCUCUUAAACUUGCGAACCUUGUCAGCCUAUACAACUUGCAGGCCAUUGGAAAAGCUUUGCAAGUGCAUGCGCAAGCUGCUCUGUGAAUAUGUCUUGCACGAUGAAGCUGACUUCCAAGGAGGGGCCGAGUCAAACGCACCAACGGAGCGCCUUUUGCACUUGUACUUGUUUCGCAAUCCGCUCCCUGCAGAUCGGCCCCGGGUGUGGCAUCAAUUGCAAUUGUUUCAGUUAUAUGUGGAGCCUCUCCAGCCCACAUUGCAGAAAUUCCCGAGAUUGUUUUGGAUUUUGCCGGUGCCAUUUGAUGUCUCGCAAAGCAAGGAACAGUGGAAGGUGAAGCUGUUUGCUGCCUCCACGUUUUUGAAUUUGCUGCAGAAGGGCGAAGUCGUGAAGCUGGAGGGUGCCCUCAUCACCUGGUUUUGGCCAGAAAUUUUGCAGGACAUGUCCUUAUUGGACAUUCUUAGCACAAGGAACACAUCAUCCAGCGCACGUUCUAGAGCGAGGCAGCUAUCUACUGCUGUCCUCUUCUUCUCAGUGCUGGCCACACCUUUGCCGCAGACCACCCCAAAGAAAUUGAGUUCAAUGGGGACAAACAUCUGUCAUCGUUGGGUUCUUCUGCAAAGAUUUUUGCUCAGCAACAACCACCGCAAACCCAAGAGAGAGCAGCCUAGAGGAAAUCCCGUUUUGUUGCUGUCAGCAGCCCUGCGGCAGGAACUUGCACGACCCGCAAAUUUUGAGGAUAGGCAAGGUGGCGCAGAAGAUGUGAGCCAAGGUGGCACAGAAGAUGUGACCCGCCGAAUCUUGGAGAACAGGGGCGUGGCCCGUUCCCGCAAAAUGCUGAAGUUGGUGCAAUUGUCGCAUGGACUUGGAAUGGAGUUGCCGUUGCGGGGAGACAGCGUGGAUGCUAUGGUUCCCUAUCGUCACGAACAUUUUGCUCCCUGCGUAGACAUCACAACUCUGGCAUGGCUUCACCCCCAUGACAGAGACCGUCACGUUCGGUUCGAGUCUGAAGGCCACGUGUAUUACAUCCGUGGCAAGCAGACCAAUGGAUCUGUGACUGGGUUGAUCCAUGCCUUGGCACGACCAUUCGAUGCCGACGAAGUAAUUUCCAAUAUGAUGGCAGGUGACAGAUGGCCUCGCGCAGGCUAUUUGCGACCAUUCUUAGGAGAGACUGUAUUGAAGCGCGUCCGCCAAGUUGAUGCAGACCUUGUGCUUGCUCUCCUGGACUCCCCCCGCAAUGAUACAUGGAUCUCCAACCGGCUCCAGAGCCUGCGGACGAACUUUCCAGAGAUUGUCCAGAGUCUGGUAUUUGGCCCGCAUGAAAUCAAGCGCAUGUGGGAAGCCAACCGAAUUGAUGCUGCUCUUCGAGGCACCCACAUGCAUUUUUGGUUUGAAGCGCAUGUGAAUGGAUAUGUGGUGCCAAAAACAAGUCCAGAAUUCUCGAUGCUUGAAACCUUCUUACAAGACAUGCAAGGGUGGCGCGCCUUCCGCACGGAAUGGGUUAUUUUUGGUGAGGAAGAGAACAUUGCUGGGUCAAUCGAUCUCACUGCACAAAACCCAAAUGGGCAGUUGGCACUGAUUGACUGGAAGCGGACCUCCAGCCUAGCAUCGAAAUUCUCUUCGCCGUGGACGAUGCUACCGCCUUUAGAUCAUGUUCCGGACUGUGCUGGGUGGCAUUACCGGCUCCAACUGAACAUUUACAGGUAUAUUGUGGAGAAAUACUACGGCUUUGAGGUGGCUAUGAUGCUAGUGGUUUGCACCCACCCCGACCAACAAUUGCGGCCUUUCAUCGACCAUGUGCCGCGUCUCGACAAGGAGAUUGAAGUCGUGAUGAGUUUGCGGCGGGACAAAGCACAUGCUGUUGAUGUGUCUGGAGGAUCAGAUUUUGAGGAACAACUUGAGAAAGAAAUGGAUUGGCUGAAUGAGCAGGCGAAAGCCGAGGAGGCGGCUAGUAGGAGAGAUGGGAGGGGUGGGCCAGAGGGACCGGAAGAAGCACAGCAACCUGAAGGACUUGCAAGUCAAGCUCUUGAGGAUGAUGGAGCAAACCCACUGCCAGAAGUAGAUGAUGCAAAUCUGAGACAAUGCAAGAAGCGCCGCUUGCUUCCUGGAGCUGCUCAGUCCAUGCCGAAGUUUCAGAAAGAAUUUGACAGCUUGCGGGCUGCUGCAAAUACAUCUCUGCAGCAGGCGUCAAUCAAAAAGCCUGAGCAGAGCCAUUCCCUUUUGCAACAGAGCAGCUACAUGAUCAAGCAGGUGCGUGCUCGCAAGCCACAAUGGCCUGAGCAGCUUGUGCGCUUGGUGGCGUGCGCUUGCGUUUUGCCCCACAUGCGGCUCUGCGAUGCCUACCUCCGGGAACAUAUUUACUUGAUCUGGCUGAUGGAAGGUGGCCGCUACCUUCGUGUCCACAACGGACAAUGCUUUCUGUACCAUGAUUGCGGGGCUUUCCAAGUCUUUCGCGGAAGCCCGCCGGAACAAACAGUUGCCCGGAUCAAAGAGUUCAUACUUCAAGUCGAAGGGUUUUUUCGAAGCAUCCAAGGAGCAGUAGAUCGAACACAGGAGAGUAUAGUGCAAAUGGUAGAAGGCAUGGAGGCAGAUGCGAAUGGAGAUAUAAAGGUGCUACUUGACAAGUGGAUAUCUGCCGCGCUCUUCAUGAAGCAGCUUCCGCGCGGCCGCAGAGCGCCUCAAUUUGAUGAAGUUGAUGAUGCGGAACCAGAAGCGGCGGCAACUGGUGAUGCAGGAGGGUGGACCCAAUCCAUUGCUAUCGCCCUAAGCAAGUUGAGCGUAACCCUGCAAAAGGAAGUCAUGGAUGAUAAGAUAUAUGGUCUCAUGAUUGAAUGGUGUGAAACGCCUUGCCAGAAGCAAGCUGGCUGUGCGUACAAAGAUAUAUGCGUUGUGUAUGAUUCAAAUGAAGAGAAUGUGGAAUUUGUGCAGCCAAGCCACGACAACAACCUCUACACAUUGAUCCCGCAUGCCUUAAAGCCUUCUUUGCCGGAUCCCGUCCUCCAAGCUGCGAGCUGCCGUUUGGAGAAGUUUUUCCGCGAGACCUUUUGGCGGAACUUCGAUGUCUUUUUGUGCUGUCAGGCAGCCCAAGCCAUCGCGAAAAGGGGUGAGAAUAUUGACCGAUGCUUCAUUGGUGAGAGCCCCGGUGGAGUAGGCCAAUCUUUAUACAGUUCUCACUUGAAUGCGGUUUAUGGACACAAUCACGCAUUCAUUGACCCUAAUAUUUGGUACGAUGAGCAAGAGCUCCGGAAGCAGAUUGAGCAAUUUGCAGGCUGCUUUAUCUUAACAGCGCAGGAGGCGCCUGAAACUUCACGCCGAAUGCGGGAAGACUUGUACAAAAAGACAAUGAGUGCAGAUGGCAUGGCUGGGAGGCGGCCGUACGGGUAUGUCACCCGCAUGAUUGAACUUACCGGAUGGAAGAGGAUGGAGGUCAAUCGUCUGAUGCAGUUCAAGGGUGUAUCUGAGCAUAACUUCCCAUCAAUCCUGCGGCGCAGUUUCCUUUGGCGUCCGCACGCUCGAUUUGUAUGUCCGCAAUACUUGGAAGAGCAUUACACAGAUGCGGCGCUGGAUGGGUACUUUCCAAAAGAUCCAACUUUGAAGGAGUUCCUUGUCUCAGGACCAGCAAUCGCCAGCAGCAUGCAGCUGCAGCACGCGUUUGAACAUACAUACUCACGAGCUGAAUGCAUACAUAUGAUAGAAUCAUAUUGCAAUUUGGGUGGUGAUCAGGGAUUGACAGAGGACAAAAUGCGAAUCGCUUGUGGGCUCCCACCGCGUCAGCGUGCCGAGAUCGCUGCUCCUGGGCUAGGCCCUGUGGAUGAUCAACUAAGCCAGGAUCAAGCAGAAAGUGUAAAAACAGGUUCUGAAGCAGUGGCCCGCCGCAUUGUGGAGGAAUGUCUUUCAAAGGGGUUCUUCAUGUUCACAUUGCAACAGUUCAAGACCAUGUCUCUGCCUUCGAAUGCACCCAAUUUAGACAAAGAGAGCAUGUUGACACAGCUACAAGAGCAUUUAUUGGUAAAGCAAAUAGCAAGAAAGCGCGGCAAAGGAAAGCAGAUCAUUGUUCCAUGCGUCCUGGGGCAAGGCAGUUUGCAGGAUGUCUUUGAUCUGAAAAGCUCAAACGUCAAGCUCAGACACGAUGCGUUGGUCGAAAGGAGGCGUAAGUUGGAAGCCAACGAGCAGUUGAUUGGGAAGCUCCUCGCUGCUGCUGGUGGUGAGGCUGGUGACCUGGAAGGGCAGGCACGCAGUGAUGUGAUCAAGGAGCUAGGUUUGCCAGCUGCGGAAGGGAAGAAAGUUUUGCUUGAAGUCAUAAACGGUGGCGGUCCGCCUAGCCGUCUGUCGGAACAUGAUGUAAUUGUUGGGCUUCGGAAAGCUGCCAUCUGGAUUAAAUGGCUUGCAAUUUCAAAUUUUCCCGAUCUCUACAGCCACUGUGAUGCAGACAGAAGCAAGCCAUCGCCAGACAACUCCAUGAUAGCAUACUUGUACCAAGCUGUUGAAGAUCUAGUUUUGUCUAGCUGGGUGCAAUUCCUCAUGACGCAAGAUCUCGUGCAUUUAUCCCUUCACUUCGACGGUUGCCGAAUUCAGGGUCGAGCGCUUGACACGGCUUCAAUGUGUCAAGAGUCUUCGGAGUGGAUUGCCAAAGAGACUGGGUUUCAGGUGGUUGUGAAGCAGAAGAAGCACCUGCUUCUCGCGGAGCUGUUGGGAAGGGAUGGACGUGUUUGCGAUACUCUGUCACUUUCUUCCAGCUUCGACUACUCUGCAAAUGGCAUUCUUACAUGCCUGGCCUACAUUGCAGACCUCUGGUCACCAUUGGACGCAUGGCUACAGGAACAUAAGGCAAACAUUGAAGGAGGUCAAACACAUCGUUCAUAUAAAGAAUGUUUCAAAGCUGCAGAUGUUGCCUUCUCAGUAGACAUUGGUUUCUGUGCUGAGAAGACGGGGAAGUACCUACUCCAUUGUGAGCACAAUGGAUCUCCGCUCGUCCUUGGAUGUGUAAUGGCCGAAGAAACUUGCAAAGUGUUAGUCCGGGACACAGUAUAUGCGCUAUCAGCAGAUGCUUUCAAGGCAUGUGCUGAGGAGUCAAUUGAUUAUGCCUCCCUAGUGACAUUUCGCAUGCUGAAAGCAGGCGAAAAACCCCGGCAAGAAUCUGAAGUUCUUCUGGAACUGCAGGCCGGCUUCGAUCUAUCUGGCGGUGCUGAGUUGGAGAUGUUGUGUGAGUGCGAAGGAUUGCUGGAGAAUUCUGAUGAUGAAGGCAUGGCCGGAUCACAUGUUGAUGAAUCAAUAGCGCAGGUGGGCGAAGAGUUGCUGGCGUUGCUCGCAGAAGAAAGAGGUGAAGUCCUAGAUAGCACUGAGACUGUGCAUGAAGGCAGUAUGCACCGUUGUCCGUUCUGUCCGUUCCGGCAAUUCCCUCGACCUUCUCGUGUGAUGGAGCAUGUGCAAAAGUAUCAUACAACGAAACGACAAUUCUGUUGCAGUGGCACCAAGCAAGUCAGAGUCAUUCAGGCUUUGUUUGACGAUGACCAGCUCCGCAAUAUACAGCCAAGUGCUCGCUACCUCCGCAGGAGCGCCGCCGUGUUGCGAACAUCAAUUGGGAAUGAGGAUGGAAGCAUCAAUCAUCUUGAUCGUCGAUUACGCUUGGUCUUGACGGAGAAGGGCCCCGUGUACAAAAGCUUGCAACACGUUGCUGAGAACGAAACAGUGUACCGUCGAGCCAAGAACUUGUAUUACACGCAUGGAUUUGCAGAUAUGCUUUUCCAAGAGAUGAUGGUUAGCAAUGCAAAAAUGAAGCAAGCAUCUCGACUGAAGCUUGUAGACAUGUAUCCCUUGGAUGCACUCUUUGUUGCGGCUAGCCGGUUGGCUUUGAGACUCGCAGCAAGUGGCAGCAAGCUCACGGGCCUCUUGCCUCAGCAUGUUCGACACUGGUGGCCGCUCGUGGAGGACAUCUUCUACUCCGACGCCGUGAACCAGCUGUUCGCCCAAUCUAUGGCAGAGGCGGUUCACCAUACGGAAUUUGAAUCCGUCAGUGUGGAUGCAACCCUGAAGUGUUGCCUCUCCAUUCUCGGCCAGAGUUCCUACAGAGCAGGGCCGCAGGAACGAGCCAGCGCUGCUUUCACGGGGAAAGAUUGCUUUCGCAAGGUUCUGACAGUCCGUGGGCGAACCGGCUGUGUACUGCUCAUGGCUCCAACGCCAAAUGAGGAGGCACCCGCCAUUGCCGAGCGCAUUGCUGAGUCGUUGCCUGAAGAUGGACUCCGGCAAACACGGAUUGUGUGCACGGAUGAUCCUUCUGCGCAUUUGUUGUCGACAUUGCGCAAUGUCAUGCCAAAGCUGGAGCUGCUAUGCUUGGACCCUGUCCACCUAUGCAUGACUUUUGAGUAUGGGACGUACAGAAGAAGAACAAAGGCGUCAACCAUGUUGAGAACAAUUAUGCAAAAGUUUAAUGCCGUGGGCUUUAAGAACAUGUCAGCCUACAACUCCAGGCCUUUCAACGGCAUUCAGGAUGUUUCGUUCGAUCACAUCACCAAGACACGUCGAGAACAGAUUCUGAGUGGAGGAAUGGGAAAGGCCAAAGCAGAAUCUCUCCUUGACAGCCUGGAUGCUGCGAAGCCUUGGCAAUGCGAACGGGAUUGCAUUGAGGCCAUGGCAGCAUUUGUCCGAUGUUUUCCGGACGAUGUAGACAAAAUCAUUCCCGGUCCGAACCGGUCUGGACGGCAAGUGCUGUACACUGCCUGCGCGCCUGCGAGGAUGCAAUGGUAUUUCAACAACAUCCGG